ACUGUGUGUGUUCACAACGAUUGAAGCUGUGGGUGACUUUAUUAUCUGAGGAAUGUCAGCUAUGUGAACCCUUCAGCUGAGAUGGACACGGAUCAUCUCCACGUCAACAGCUGGGUGUAUAAACCACUGAAUAUCUUUGUGAGGACCCCGCUGUGGGACAAACUGCAGAAUGAGGCUCCGCCCCGCCGCUCUGUGGCCGAACUCGCAGGAAAAUUCAAAGGCCCGGCUCCUCAACCAAACAGCGCUGCUGGGAACCAGGCGGAUAAACCUGUGAGGCGACGACCGCCGAGAACCUUGCAGCUUCAAAACCUGGACACAGAUGAGACGCAGCCUCCUUCAGGAGCAACAUCUCCUCCCAAAGCCAAGAGGAACUCUGCUCUCGUCGAGAAACUCCAGGCCAACCUGACUCUCGGCUCCCCAACGAUGGCUCCUCUUAAGAGCCCUGGACUAAGGAUGCUACCUCCUGGCUUCACCCCGCCCUCUCCUGGCUCUGCCCCCCCAGUUCCUAUGGCAACCACAUCAUCCAUAGCGACCCCCACCAGCCCUGUCCCCACCUCUCCAUCAACAGAAAGCCCCACCUCCUUUGAAGCCCCUCCAUCUGUUGCAGAGGGAAACAUCCUGCAGAGCAUCAACAAGGGCAGACCCAAAGGCUCCAUCAGGCGACGCCCUCCAUCCCGUUGUCACAGGAAGUCCAGCAGUGGAGACGAUGCGGGAGUCGGAAAUUACGUAGCUGAUACACACCUGAUCUCCCAGGCUGAGGGAGAGGAGAAAACCACCGCAGGAGGAGGAAGUGAGGAAGAGGGAGGAGAGGUAUUUAGGAAGGACGGUACGACAGAAACUUCAACACCACCUGAGAAGAAAGAAACUAAUGAAGAAGAGGAGACGAAGAGCAGCGCUGAUGUGAAGGAGAAAGAGGAGGAAUGUACAUCUUUACCACAGCAGGGGGAGGAUGAGGAGGAGAAAGAAAAGGAAAAGGAGGUGGAGGAAAAAACAUCUAAAGCAAAACAAAAAGAUCCAACUGAUGAAACAACAAAAGAGGAAGAAGAGAAGGACGAGAGUUCUUCCCGAUGAGAAAUCGGACAUUUGGCCAAGUCGGAGCGAGGUCACCGUGACGUUGAGCCCUUGGAGUGCAGCGAGGGAGACCCUGUGGCACCAACACCUAAGGGGAAAAUGGCUGUGGACGCUAGGAAGAGAAAUGUCUGAAAAACUUAGCCAACGUUCGAAAUGAAGCCUCAUUUUCUGAAGUUCAGCUUUGAAUUAAGCUCCAAAAGCAGCUGAUGUGGUUUUACUAAUCGAAGCUUUUACACACUGCAGCGCUGCAUUUGAUCCUUUUUUAAGAAGAACAUGUGAAUUUUGUGUUUUUUGCAAUGUUUUCUUGGUGUUUGGUGCUUUUGAAAUUGUGAAUUAUGAUUAUUUCUACAAUGUAAAGAUUUAUAGGUGAAUUAUCAAUGUUCAGAGCUGUGAGAACAAACACCUGAGGCCUUAUUCUGAAAUACUGAAUUAAAAAGAAGUUUUUACAAACACCA